UACCAACAGUCAGAGUUGCAAUUUCUUAAAUGAUCGACCUCUAUCGUGACUUUUAGGAACUAAUUGUCUCUACAGAGUUGAAACUCCCACAUGCACCGACUUUCUUCAUUGUUCUCUGAACCACAGACUACGUUGGAGCGUUUCGCGCGAAAUUCUUCGUGCAGUACAAAAUCAGGUUAUGUGUAGAAAAUAAUAAUCACCGAUUGAAGUUUGGAUUUAAUUUUAAUAAAAAUCGGGAUAGACGAAACACGGCGCAGUUAAAAUUAUCGUUUUCUCAUACAUGUUCUUCUAAUUGAACAUAAUGAAGUGUACGAUUCCUGAAAUAUCCUGGCAUAAUCGCGAUCCUGUACUGAGUAUUGACCUAAAACCCGGUGUAAAUAAGACUUCGGACGGUAAAAUAUUUUGGCGUUUGGCUACUGGUGGUGCGGAUUCUCAUGUUCUGAUUUGGCAUCUCACAGUAAAUGAAGUGGGAACAACGGUUGUGGAGUUUGUUGGGGACUUGAGUCGCCAUCAGAAGGCAGUUAAUGUUGUAAGAUUUUCUCCUUCGGGUGAAAUUCUUGCAUCUGGUGAUGACGAGUCUGCGAUAAUGUUAUGGAAAGAAAGGGGCGAAUUUGAACCACCGCCACUUGCAGGGGAUGAUACAAAUCAGAAUAAAGAACAAUGGAAUUUAUGGAAGAUCCUUCGAGGCCAUGUCGAGGAUGUUUACGAUUUGAGCUGGUCCCCUGAUUCCAAUUUUUUAGUCUCCGGCUCGGUUGAUAAUACUGCCAUUCUGUGGGAUGUUGAAAAAGGGCGAAGCAUGGGUAUAUUAUCAGAUCAUAAAGGAUUUGUUCAAGGAGUUUCAUGGGAUCCGUCAAAUCAAUACGUGUGCACAUUAAGUACAGACAGGCAAUGCCGGUUAUUUGAUAUAAACACAAAAAAAACUGUUCAGCGCGUCAGUAAGGCCAAGAUCCCCACGCCGGCCAAUCACCCACUGAAAGACAAAACUGUACGCUUGUUUUAUGAUGACACUUUUCAAUCCUUCUUCAGAAGACUUACGUUUUCACCCGAUGGCUUAUUGAUUAUUGCGCCAUCUGGCAUUAUUGAACCUCAAGAAUCUUCUGAAAAGUUGUCUAAUGCAACAAUUAUCUUCUCCAGGCAUAAUAUUAAGGAGCCUAUAGUAGUGUUGCCGUCUUUGGAACAAUUUACAGUAGCUGUACGUUGUUGUCCUAUUUACUUUAAGUUGAGAGAAGAUGGCCCGGUAUCGAUGAUAGGAAUUCCUUAUAGAAUAGUAUUUGCAGUUGCUACAAAAAGUUCCGUCCUCAUAUAUGACACUCAACAAGUUUCUCCAAUUGCAAUAAUUUCGAACAUUCAUUAUACCAGAUUGACAGACAUUGCGUGGUCGUCCGACGGACGUCUUUUAGUCGUUUCGUCAACAGACGGUUAUUGUUCAAUAAUUCAUUUCCAAGACGGAGAAUUGGGAAAUGUGUAUGAAUCUAGUUUGGUAAACAUAAAUGACACGACAGAAACGAAAUCUGUGCAUUCAAAUUCAUCCAAAUCAAAGCGUAAGACUAAUAAUGCCGAGAAGACUGAAUUCAUUAUUGAUAUGUGCAGUGACGCAAUGGAUAUUGACAUUACGAAACCUGUGAAAGCAUCUGACUUUAGCGAAGAGGCGAAUGAUGGUAAUAAAGAUGAUAAACUUGUGAAAAACGUUCAAAAUACAAAGUCGACGGAUGUUGAUGACGUAGUUCUUGAAGAGACGGAAGAUAUAAAACUUGUUUACACAGAAGAAAGUAACACAGAAAAUAUAAGUGACAUUGUUAAAAAAACACCUCCAAAACCAAUAGUUCCUAAUGUGAUAGCAGCUAAAACUCCGCGUAGGGUACAGCUUAUCACACUCUCCAGUCCGAGAAGUGGGAAGAAAAAUUGACCGUUAAACUUAGCCAGCCGGGCAAACCUCACCGUGUUCAUCUGUAUAUUGGAAUGCUUGUACAAGCCUCAAAGUUUCAUCGACUGAUCGUCCAACAGGGAGAUCAUUCAUUGUAAUUUGGCGCAGUACUCCUUUACCGUCGAUGAUGAAAAGAGCUCUGUAAAUAGAAUGAAAAAAUAUUUGGCGAUACGUCAUUUGCAUUUUUAUAUGAAACAUAAAAACAAACAUGAAAAAAAAAUAAAUAAAUAAGUCAAACUACCUUUACAGGUUGCGAAGUAAAGCCUCAAAUGUGUGAUCACGUUACCUCAAAGUAUGUCCAAGAUCUUCCAAGUAAACUCCAUAAUCCUUUGAUAUCUUAUGAGUGAGAUCGGAGAGCAAGGGAAUUUUAAUAUUUUCAAGACCUCCUUCCUUUCUAGGCGUGUUUAUCCAGGCGAGGUGAGUGAACUGUGAGUCAACAGAUGCAGCAAUGACCUCAGUGUUCAAUUUCUUAAAUUCAUU